AUGUCAUCUCCUGUCUCCUUCAAAAUCAUUGUCAUCUUUCAAACGCCUCCUUUUAUCUGCCUUCAAUCAUCAAUCUGCUCUCUUAAUCAUUUCACCUUUCUCCUUCAAUCAUCACUUUCAAUCCUCCUUCUCCUUCAAUCGUUUCCUGCUCUCCUUCAAUCAUUUCCACAAUCUUUCAAGCAUCAUUGUCUUUCAAUCGCCUCCCUCCUUCUGUCUUCCAAUCAUCAUCUCCUGUCUCCUUCAAUCGUUUCAACCUCUCCUGUCUCCUUCAAUCACUUUCAAUCUCCUCCUUCUGUCUUAGCUUCAAUCAUCAUCUUCUCCUUCAAUCAUUUCCACCUGCUCUCAAGCAUCAUCUUCUCAUUUUCAAUCCUUCCAAUCUGUUUCAUCUUCUCCUGUCUCCUUCAAUCAUUCCACCUGCUCUCAUUAUCUUUCACUUUCAAUCCCUCCUUCUGUCUGCUUCAAUCAUCUUCUCCUGUCUCCUUCAAUCGUUUCCACCUGUCUCCUUCAAGCAUCAUUGUCACUUUCAAUCGCCUCCUUCUGUCUGCUUCAAUCAUCAUCUCCUGUCUCCUUCAAUCGUUUCCACCUGUCUCCUUCAAGCAUCAUUGUCACUUUCUUAAUCGCCUCCUUCUGUCCUCCUUCUGUCUCCUUCUCCUUCAUCGUUUCCCACCUGUCUCCUUCAAGCAUCAUUGUCACACCUCUUCUCCUUCAAUCAUCUUCUCCUGUCUCCUUCAAUCGUUUCCAUCUGUCUCCUUCAAGCAUCAUUAUCUUCACUUUCAAUCGCCUCUCCUGUCUCCUUCAAUCAUCCUCUCCUGUCUCCUUCAAUCAUCCCUGUCUCCUUCAUCUUUUUCAAUCGCCUCCCCUUCUGUCUGCCUGUCGCCUUCUGUCUCCUUCAAUCAUCAUUUCCUGUCUCCCUGUCUUUCAAUCAUCAUCAUCUGUCUCCUUCAAGCAUCAUUGUCAAGCUUCAAUCGCCUCCUUCUGUCUGCUUCAAUCAUCUUCUCUCCUGUCCAUUCAAUCAUUCCACCCUGA